AAAAGAUGAAACGACCCACAGAAAGCAAAGGGGAAAAAAUGAACGAAUUCGUGUGCGAUUGGCAAGCAGUGAUUUUAAUUACAUGAACAGAGGCACUUUAACUUAAACGAAAGCCAUGUUAUUAUUGAAAUGAAAAACACCAUUCUGCUAAACUUUAUUAAGAUACGUGCAGUUUUCCGUUUUAAAGUUUCACUGAAUAUUUUUGUUACGUUUGUAGAAGAGUAUACGUUUUUUUUUUAAAAAAAGAUGCCAUAUAGUGUCUUUUUCUUUUAGAUCCGGGACAAGAAAAUUUAAUUAAAGAAGGAAAAUCUUCAUCCUGGAGUUCCAUUAACCCUGGAGUUCAGAAGGGUAGUGGACAAAUUCAGCUUUGGCAAUUUUUGCUGGAGCUUUUAUCAGACAGCGCCAAUAUGAACUGCAUUGCUUGGGAAGGGACCAACGGGGAGUUCAAACUUAUUGACCCAGACGAAGUGGCCAGACGAUGGGGAGAAAGGAAAAGCAAACCCAACAUGAAUUACGACAAGCUGAGUCGAGCGCUUCGGUAUUACUACGACAAAAACAUUAUGACAAAAGUGCACGGAAAACGCUAUGCCUAUAAAUUUGAUUUUCAUGGGCUAGCACAGGUUUGUCAGCCCACCUCUACAGAGCAUGCUUUGUACAAAUUUCAGAGUAAUUUUACGCCUCUUCCAUUUUCUGGGAUUUCUAAACUUAACCUUGUCACGCCAAGCGUCUCUGCCUCUGGGUUUUCGUACUGGACCGGCUCCACGUCAGCCCUGUAUCCGAGUCACAGCCUCCAGCCUCCUGGGCCGUUCACUCCAGUCUCCGCAUCUCAUAUCAGCAGUAUUAAUAAUAUUAGCAACAUUAAUAACCACUACCACUGAAUCAAUGCACUGUUUGGUAAGUGGCAUCACGGCAGAGCCACUCAUGUUUUUCUGACCUUUUUUGUUUGCAGGAUAUCUGAGAGGUGUAAAAUUAUUUCCAGCGUCCUUUUUAUAUUUUAAGGUAAUGCUGAAAUGCAAAUGUUUCGCACAGCUCUUGCUAGUGAGAUUUAGUUGUACAAAGCAAUUGCUUGAAUAUGCAAAUAUUCUAAAAAUUGGCUUUUUCAUAUAUUAA